AGAAUUAUUUCCCUUUAGUCUUCAGUAGACAUCAUGGCGUUGCAGACAUUUAGUGAAUUUAAGACUAAUAAUGUAACAGUUAGUGCUUCUCUUUCACCUGAUCUACUGUUGAAUUAAUUUUUUUUUGUACAGAUUGAAUUCAUAUUUAUAGCUUAAUAAAAAGUAUUUUCUAAUCUGAACAUCAUGUCAUCCAUUCUUGAUCAGUAUGAGCAGGAAUCUUCCAGAGUUGCUGCUCCUUCAACAGAAGAUACUUUGCUAUUGCAAUUAUAUAUUAUUAUCUUCUUUUGUAGACCACAUGAUAGAAUUUUGUCUAUGACUGUUUGUAGUAGGUUCUUAGUGAUUGCUACUUGCAGCAAUGUUAUAAUUCGAGUGGAUAUGAUGCAUCCUCAUCAACAAGACGAAAUUGAACUGCCAAAAAUGAUAGAGGAUAGAAUUCACAAAAUAUUCCUCGACCCAACUGGCCGUCAUCUACUCAUCAGUAUGGAACAAUCAGCUGAGGUUUAUUACUUGUGUCGUAAUUCUAAAAAAACAAAGACAAUAAGUAAACUAAAGGGAAACCUUAUAAAUGCUGUUGGCUGGAACACCCAAAAUACAAAUGAUACCCUCACUGGUCCUAUAUUGCUGGGUACAACUAAAGGACUAAUCUAUGAAACUGAACUAACUCGAGGAGAUGACAGUCGGAUAUUUGGUCGAACAGUGGAUCGCUAUGUUUCCAAGUUAUUUACUGCUGGAAAAGAAAAGGUACAACCAAUCACUGGCAUAGAAUUUGAUCGAAUGCCAUCGCGUCCUACAGAUUGCAAAUACUAUGUUCUUGUUACAACUCCUAGUCGUCUUUAUCAAUUUAUUGGAACAGUUUCCACUUCAGCUGAAGCUCCUAUAUUCCAACAGUUAUUUCAAACUUACCUUGAUACCCCAGAAGAAUUCCUGGAACUCCCUUAUAAUUUCGGUACAAGUGAACUACGUAUAUUUAACAAUAGCUCAAAAUCACGAGGCAAAUCUUUUGCCCUGAUGGCAGGACCCGGAAUCUACUAUGGUGAUAUUAAUGUCCAAGGUGCUGCUGGCCCAAACUCUGUUACUGUCAACUCUAAACUUAUGCCAUAUCCUUUUUAUUUCCUGAACCAUUUCAAUUACCCUGUUGAGAGCAACAAUAAAGUCGUACCUCUUUCCAUUGUUCUCACUGAAUUUCAUGUUCUUAUACUUUUUCCUGACAGGAUGAAAGCAGUGUGCCUUCUUAAUGAGCAACUGAUUUAUGAUGAUGUAUUUCCAGAGAGGGUUGGAAAAUUCAUUGGACUGUGUAAAGAUCCUGUGUCUGGAAAUAUUUGGGCAUACACUUCCCAACACAUCUAUAGUUAUAAAGUUAACCAGGAGUACAGGGAUGUCUGGCGGAUCUAUCUUGACCAAGGCAAAUUUGACCAAGCUAAAGAAUAUUGUCGAGACAAUAGGAUGCAAUUAGACGAAGUAUUGACUAAAGAAGCAGACCAUCUUUUUUCUUUAAAAAGAUAUAAAGAAAGUGCUGUCAUGUACGCUAACACACAAAGUUCUUUUGAGGAAAUUGCAUUAAGGUUUAUUAAUCUUGAAGAUAAAGAACCUCUAAAAGCUUUCCUUACACAGAAACUGAACAGUCUUAGGGUCCAGGACCGUACUCAGAUGACAAUGCUUGUCACAUGGCUGACUGAAAUUUAUUUGAAUCAACUUGGAGAACUCAAGGAACAAAAUGACGAGAAAGAUUCCCCGUACCAAAAUCUUCAAAAAGAAUUUUGCCAAUUUCUAAACCAAAGUAUUAUUAAAGAAUGUGUAUGUAACAACCGGCAAGUUAUUUAUGACCUGAUUGCUAGCCAUGGUGAUGUUGAAGACUUGAUGUAUUUUGCCAGGUUAAUGAAAGAUUUUGAGAGAGUAAUAAGUCAUUAUAUUCAACAUGAGUACUACAAAGUUGCCCUCGAGGUACUCAAUGAACAAAAUCAAAUGGAGCUCUUCUAUAAAUUUUCCCCAGUUCUUAUGCAGCAUAUCCCUGUUGAAACAGUCAAGUCUUGGAAGAAACAACGCAAUAAGCUUGAUCCUAAAAGAUUAAUUCCAUCACUGGUGCAAUAUGACAGUAAAAAACACAAUGAGCAAGGAAAUCAAGCCAUACAAUACUUGAAGUUUUGUGUUGAAGAGCUGGAUGUAAGAGACCCUCCAAUACACAACUAUUUGUUAUCACUAUAUGCUAGGCUACAAGCUGGUCAACUCAUGGUUUAUCUAUCAAGUCAAGGGCAGGACCCGGAUCAUGUUUGCUAUGAUCUCAAAUAUGCUCUCAGACUUUGUUUGGAGCUGAAUCAUAAGGAAGCAUGUGUCCAUAUAUAUUCUGUGAUGGGAUUGUAUGAAGAAGCAGUGGAAUUAGCUCUUACUAUAAAUGUUGAUCUAGCUAAAGAGCAAGCAUCAAAACCAGACGAAGAAGAUUAUGAACUACGAAAGAAGCUGUGGCUGAAAAUUGCCCGGCAUGUUGUAGAAGAAGAGAAAGAUGUGAAGAGAGCAAUGGAGUUUCUCCGAGAAUGUGAUUUACUGAAAAUAGAAGACAUUUUACCAUUUUUUCACGAUUUUGUUAUUAUUGAUGACUUCAAGGAUGCUAUUAUAUCCUCUUUGGAGAAAUACAAUGAACAUAUUGAUUCCCUCAAAGAAGAAAUGGAUAGAGCAACCAAGAGUGCCGAAGAAAUUCGUAGAGAAAUUCAGAGUUUUCGCAACAAGUAUUCUUCUUUUGCUGAACUUGAUGAAAUAAUUGGAGCAGAAUGUAUUUACUGUGGAGACAUGAUGAUCAAAUUAAUCGACAAGCCUUUUAUUGAAGCAGAUGAAAUGGACCAAGCAGCGAAUGGUUGGCUAUGAUAGAAAACUCUUGUUAUUCAAGACUUUGCUUAUAAGAAGUUACUGUCAAGAUAAUUCUGUCUAUUGUCAACUGCAAAAGGAUUGUGAAUUUUUCCCUUAGCAUCAAAAAGCCUGGAAAUGAAAAGUUGCUUUAUUGCUUAUAUAUUUUACUAUCAGUCAGCCUUGUUGCCAGCAUUGUUUAAAAAAAAUAUAUCAACUUUAUCGUGUAAUAAAUUGGCUUUAUACCUA